AUAUAGUCAAAGCUCUUAGUGUUUUCAAUGAAACAUGCACAUUGGUGUGGUCCUUAGCGCCCCGACCCACACGGUGACGUCGAGUUACAGGACCGCUGCACUCCCGAAUCAGACGCGCUCUGUCACCUGCGCUUGCGGCUGGCGCCGACUCUAUCAAACUUUUCAAACUAGGUGGAAAGAUGGAGCGCAAGGACCUCGCCUUCGAUAUGUGGAGUGACCACUUUCGCCUAGCGGAUGUUUUAAAAGAAAUUAUAACCAGCCGGGAUGGAGCUUGCCAAACAGGUUUCCCUCAGGAGCCGAUCGCCGCUAAUCCACAGGGUGGACAAGGAGCGGCGGAGACGCCAGCUGAUGCGUCGCAGGGGACCUCACGGGAGGCGCAGGGGUCCGCCGCUGUGCAAUGCACCUCCAGUUCUCGAAGGCCGAGCCGAGUGCGACGCACGGUUUGCAGUUUUUGCAAACAAAAUGGAGAAAGCGUGCAGGUGUAUUCGUCCCACAUUCUGCGGGACUCGCAAGGCAAAGUGUGCUGCCCACUUCUCAGGAAAUACACCUGUCCGGUGUGCGGAGCUACGGGCGACAAAGCUCACACGAAGCGCUUCUGUCCGAAGAUCAGCGACACCUACGUGUGUUUGUACCUCAACAAGCCGUGAGUGACCCACCCGAGGAGGCGCAGAGUGAAACAAACGGGCGGAGGCACCGAUGCGCGAGGAGGACUUCACUGCAGCGUUUUAAACGGACAAGUGGACAGAAACGCGUUCGCCCGCCGAAGAGUUCCCAGUUUUAAAUGGUUUUACUUCGCCAGACAGUUUAUUAUUUUAAACGGAAAUGGCCCAGACGAAAACUUUCUUGUUUGUACUCCCGUUGCAGUUCACAACAAACAUUCCGCAGGGAUUCUAGAAAAUGUUCACGUGUUUGUUUAAAAAAAAAAACGGACGUUUCACGGGGUUUGAGACUUCGGGAUGACACUUUCGGUGUAAGAGGGGACAAUUCACGAGUUCACCUUCCAAGGUUUGGUUUGUUUGUUUGCUUGUUCGUUUUAAUUAAUUGUACAAAUGAUUCUUGUGUUUUAAUUUUUUUAUGAUGUUUUGCAUGACUUGGAUGAUUCACAAUAAUUUUAAUGUAAAUAUGUAAUGUAUAAA